CUACAAAGUCUUUAACCACCUCCAAACAAAUACCAUCCACAUACAUAUUUUUCUUCAUAUAUCUUUUCUCUUAGAUUCAAGAAAGGUCCUAUCAUGAGUUCUUCUAUCAACAAAUUUAUAGGUUCUCGAGGAACAGCACAAUCUACAGCUGAGGAAUCUGGAUGGACUCAAUAUUUUGACGAUUUUUCAUCAGAUCAGAAGGAACAUGAUAGCUCAUCAUAUUCAAAUGGUAGCCCUUCUUUGGUUUCUGAUGCAGCUUCUCCCAACAAAAAGGAAAGCGGUCCAUGUUCUGCAUUUUCUGACCAGCAGGUCCCCAGGAGAUUGAAUGUCAAGGAAAAAAGAACCAAGAAAUAUUCUUGUGAUGAUCUGGAAGACACUGCUUCUUCACCUGUCAAUAGCCCCAAGGUUAGUAGUUUGAAGCCGAUGGAUUCGACUUACAGAAGAACAGAUGAAAGUAUUAGCAAUUUUCGGGGAAAGGAAACCAGACCAGUUGCUUUACAUCAAUCAGAUGAAAGAAGCAGCAUAAACUUUGAUGGAAAGAAUAAUGGCUAUGUGGAGUUGAAGAAGAAAGGACUUUGCCUGAUGCCAUUCUCCAUGGUUCUCCACUACCUGGGCUAGCUGACAAGUAUUAGCUCACGUUAUGUGAUUAAGCAUCAUUAAACUAUUAUAUGUAUAGUGGAAUUACUGGUAAUCUUGUUCAUAUAUAUCCACACAAUCUGCCAUCUUAUGUUGGCGUAAAUUUGAG